AUGACGGAGCACUACCCGACCCUUGCGCAAUGCGCCGUUGUUGCGACUGCACUCAAGAUCCUCCUAUUUCCAGCCUAUAAAUCAACGGAUUUUGAGGUUCAUCGCAACUGGCUGGCCAUUACCCACAGCUUGCCCGUAUGGGAGUGGUAUUAUGAGAAAACUUCGGAAUGGACUUUGGAUUACCCCCCUUUCUUUGCCUAUUUCGAAUGGGCACUCUCCCAGGUUGCCAAGCUGGUCGAUCCUCUGAUGUUGCGUGUGUACAAUCUGGAGUAUGAUAGCUGGCAGACGGUUUACUUCCAGAGAUUCACCGUCAUUGCCACGGAACUAGUUCUGCUAUACGCACUUCAGAUGUUCAUCGAUGCCAACCAUGGAACCGCCCGGCGGGCUGCUCAAGCCGCUGCUAUUUCUAUUUUCCUAUCUCCGGGCCUCCUCAUCAUUGACCAUAUCCACUUUCAGUACAAUGGUUGUAUGUACGGUAUCCUCAUCGCGUCUCUUGUCUUGGCUAAAGAGCGCUCUGGUCUUCUUGCCAGCGGACUUGUAUUUGCUGCCCUUUUGUGCAUGAAACACAUAUAUGCCUACCUUGCGCCAGCGUAUUUUGUGUAUCUGCUUCGAGUAUACUGCCUCUCGCCAAGAUCAAUCUUGCGUAUCCAGUUCCUCAACUGCAUCAAACUCGGCACCGGCAUCCUAGCCAUCUUGGGUGCCGCAUUCGGUCCUUUUGCCCUGAAAGAGCAGAUCCCGCAGAUUCUGAGCCGCCUGUUUCCAUUCUCGCGCGGUCUAUGUCAUGCGUAUUGGGCCCCCAACGUGUGGGCAUUGUAUUCCUUUAUGGAUCGUGUCCUGAUCUUCGCGGCCCCUCGACUUGGGUUGCCGGUCAAGGAAGAGGCAUUAAACAGUGUGACUCGUGGACUGGUGGGCGACACGUCCUUUGCCGUCCUCCCCGAGGUGUCGGCAAGGACGUGCUUUGUUCUCACACUUCUUUUCCAAGCCAUACCACUCACCAAACUCUUCCUCCAACCCAACUGGCAUGCCUUCGUUGGAGCAGUCACACUCUGUGGUUAUGCGUCGUUCCUAUUCGGAUGGCAUGUCCACGAGAAAGCUAUCCUGCUCGUUAUUAUCCCCUUCAGUCUCAUAGCACUCAAGGACCGAAGGUACCUUAGUGCAUUCCGACCCCUAGCUGUGUCUGGUCAUGUCUCCCUCUUUCCACUGCUUUUCACACCGGCCGAGUUUCCCAUCAAGACAGUCUAUACCGUGUUCUGGUUGAUUCUCUUUCUGAUGGGUUUCGAUCGCCUCGCACCAGCAUCCAACAGACAGCGAUUCUUCCUGUUUGACCGAUUUACGGUGCUGUACAUUGCGAUCAGUAUCCCCUUGAUUGCUUACACGUCCCUGAUACAUCAGAUGGUGUUUGGGAAGAGCUACGAAUUUCUCCCAUUGAUGUUCACGAGCUCCUACUCAGCAAUAGGAGUGGUUGGAAGCUGGCUGGGAUUCAUGGUAGUUUACUUCACCUCGUGA